AUGUUGAGGAUAAUCUGCGCGAUAUGCUGCUGGACGCUGGUCUGGUCCGUGGAAGGCGGGCGAGAGAGCAAGGCCAUCAUCUUCAAGGAGGAAGGAAGCCACGUUCAACCUCAAGUUCAAAGUCCGAACCCGACUCAAGCGCAGCUGCCCUUGACCGGGGAUGCCGCGGCGGAUCCCACCGUCAACCCUGGGGAUGGAGAGCAGAGGAACUUCUUUGGCCUCUUCUCUGACGGUCAAUCCCAGGAUUCGUACUCGUAUAAAAACGGCUACGAUCCUUACGCGUCCUAUAACAACAACCAGAACGUCUACAACAACAACGCCUACAACCCCUAUAACAACGCCUACACUGCAAACGAGGAUUACCCUCCUGCUAGUGGACCUUCGGCACUUCAGUACCUCAAGGACCCCAAUCGACUUGGCUUUCCGUUCGGAGAGCUGCUGAAGCCGGCCCUGACGGGACUGGUGAUCGCGGGCGUGAUCGUUAUGGGCCUGUUCUUCAUCGCCCCCAUCCUCGGAACGGCCUUCAAACUCACCGCCACCGGCAAAGUGGACACGGUCGAUACCAAGACGAUGAGGAAACUCGUCGAUGACACCUACCCGGAAGUCUCCAACUUCAUCAAUGGCCUGGACCCGCUCGAGACGACCUUCAAGUGGCUGAACAUCACUCACCAAUCCUGCAAGAAGAGGACUAUCUGCGAAAUCCACCAGGUCUUGAAGAAAAUCCCCUUCUUGAAGCACUUGACGAAGUUCCUCUUCAGCAAGGGGAUCUACAGCGAUGCUUGGUUGUUCGCCGAAGGACACGGGAACCAGUGCUGGCAGGCCUAUAGUUGUCCGUUUGGAUUCUAUGGGAUCAUUGAUCUCUUCAGAAAGAAGAUCUUCUCCAUCGGCUAAAUGAAUGGGG